GUUUAUUACAUCGUCACCUCUCGGUGUGCGCCGACGACCUCUCGCAGUUCUCAGUCUCCUACACUCUGCCAGGCCCGGUCGUCUGCCAUCUCUCCGUGCAUGACGCAAUUGAUGGACGAGCGAUUGGGGGGCGUUCCGAGGAGAGCUUCUGCAGCUCCCGUCCAGUGUUGCACGGCCGCCGUGAUCGAGUGACUGCUCGGGCGUAAGCGAAACGCACGAAUCCGCGAGGUGCAUUGCAGCACCAUAGUCCGUACACUGCAGACACGCAUACAGGAUCGGUGGGGCGACGUUAUCUGUCGGCCUAUUCUUCGGAGCGGCUACAAGAGUUGGUCAUUGCAGGCAAAGCAGGCAAAGCAGGCACCCGGCAGCGUCAGUUGAAGAGUUGUGUGGCGACGGUCAUUUUUUUUUCUGGUUCUUCGACAGGCGGGCAGGAAAGCAGGCCACCAACGGGGGGAGGUGUCGCUAAAAUCAGCAGGUCGUCCGGGGAGGAAGAGAUCGAAAGGAGGCAGCGUGGAAGGCAGAGCAGAAGAGAGGCGCAGAGACGGGUGGAUGCACACUCUUACUGCUUGCACACAGCGCAACAACGUCAGCGACGGAGUUUCUAACGUGCUGUCCAAGUCACUGCUUUGGAACAAAUCCGCGCAGACCAUCGCGGAGCAUCACGAACUUUCACGGCGCAGUCGCAGGCCAUCAAUCGCACUGGCGGUGCGCAGCACAGGUCAAGGAGUCAGAAGCCCAAACCCCCUCCUAACCCGCCCCGCCUAAGACAUCCCCCUAACACAACCCCCUAUCGCUCCCCCCUAGGGCCCCCCCAACGUCCUCCUUCCCCCUUGCUCCUCGCCCUACCUAUACCGCCUGUACCUCCGUACACCUCCCGCCAUAGGAAAGGAUGCAGGCGCCGCCAACGCCCACCGCUACGGAAUCCUUCACGGGCGGUGCGUCUGCAUCCGCGUCUGCGUCUGCUGGCAGUGCUGGUCCUGGCGACUGUGCUGCCGAUCCUGCCGCCGGCAAUACCAGCAUGACGGCUAAUAUCGCAUCUGAUUCUGAUUUUGUUUCUGAUUCCGAUCCUGUUACCGCCGCGACAUCGACAGCUGCAACAACAACGACUGCCACCAUCGCUACCCAUCAAUCUCCCUUGACACCCACUGCAACCGCCGCAUCCCCCAAUUCGCAGCGGCCGCCUCUCGCCCACCGGCAUUCCUCAGCCUCGUCCCAAGUCUCGCACAGUCUGUCGGACGCAUCGAGCUCCAUCAAGUCACAGCUUCCCCACCAUAACAAUCACCCUCACCUCAACAACAAUCACAACAAUAACCACCAUCCUCCCCCUCAUCAUCAUCAUCAUCACCAUCAUUCGCGACAGCACAAGGCAGCCAGACAUCAUGGCCGCUUGGGGUCCCGCAACACCAGCUUUGGCCACAAUCUGAACAAGCUCUCUCACGGCCACGCCAGCUUAGCUAAGAUGCCGCACGAUGCUGCCAGCCAGUCUAGCCACGCCCACAACAUCCAGCAACAGACGAACACCAGCGCUCCCGCCACUCCCUCCAGCUCUUCUGCAGCUUCACGACCGCAUCACCUUCGCUCAAAGUCCGGCGAUCCCGCCAUUGGCGCCGGCGGCGACACGUCUGCGCCAACAAGCCCGCGCGUCUCGCAUCCCCAGGUCAAGCGCAAUGCAAGCGCCUUUGUCAUCUCGCGCAACCACUCGCACACCGCCCUAAAGAAGAACCACUCCAGCGGCCAUCUCCCCCGGAACCUGUCCGGCAAGGCUCUUAGCAAAGUCGGCCAGCAUCGCGCACCGCAUCCAAAGCGCAAGCACAGCGGCCGCAGCGAAAAAAGCGUGCCCGCCAGCCCCGUGUCGCCCACGGCGCAGCCCACCGUACGCUUCGCACUCGCCGACGAGCCCGAUAGCGAAGACGAAGCCAACGAGGAAGAGAACGAGUGGACGGAGGAGAGCACGAGCGUAAGUCCUAACGUGACCAGGGACAACACCAGACGCAACUCUCUGAUGCUGGACCCCGACAAAAUGCCGAGGGAAUCCGAGCACGGUGCGCACGACUUCACUUCCGGAGACGAGUCCACGUCGACAGUGAUACACGCGCCGGAGGGGCGCGCCGACGGGAUGUCUCCCACGAAGCAGAAAGAGGAGGAGAGAGGUGCUUCUGUUGCCGCCACGACGACCACGAAGCACAUCAAUGGCGAGAGCUCGUACAAGGCGUCGACACGUGUCCCCACGUUGGACGCUGAUGCCAUCACUUCGCGGCUCCUGCAGCGCAAGGUGACGCCAAAGGUCAGCGCCGAACCAUUGGUGUCCUCUGUGUCCGCCACGGUGCAGCCAGAUGCAAAUGAUCACCGUUCGCUCAGCCACAGCCAGGCGUCGACGCUCGCGGAAGGCACGCCUGGGCGUGAUUUGGUCUCACGCUUCGUCAAUGCAAACAGCAACGAAGGCACGCCGCGUGAAGGAAACAUGCUACCUAGAAGAGCUGGGCCCGCCAAGGACACGGGCGACCUCGACGCCUCCAAGCGCAACAGAUCCGCACCGAACAUGGCCGCCGCGGACAAGGGCCCUAUCUCUCCCACUGUGGCAAAGUCGCGGCGAUCGGGCACCCACACACCGACUGAUCUUCCACCGAGCCGAACACAGCAAAAAUUGCUCCUCCAACGCGCUUCCUCGGCGAUCGAGCCGACCAAACACAUCCCCGCCGUGCUACCCCGUCCAGGGGCUGCACAGUUACUGGGCCACGGCUUGUCUUUCACAUCGACGGACGGCGGCACACCUGCCCAAGUCCACGCGCUUUUUGCGCAGAUCAACAAGGAGUACAACGUCGUGCGGCGGUAUCGCAGUCCCGUCGCCGACGCCGUCUCACGUCUGAGAGAGAUUCCGCAUCCUGAGCGUGAUACCCAUACACCCAAGUCCUCAAAGCAGGUUGACCAUGAUGAGAAAUCAGGCAGCAUACCACUCGACAGGCACUGCAAUCCUGAGGGUACCUUCAAGGUCCGCCCGCAAGACGAGCAUAAGCUUGACGAGAGGACAAAGCAAGCGAGACAACAUCAGGCCCCGCAGCACGAUGAGAGGAGGGCUGUGGCAGGGUCGAAGAGUGAAGAGAGAGGCCAUAGAUCGCGCGUAAGCUUCGACCUGCCAAGCGCAAGGGUGGAGGACACGGAUGAAGAGGACGGUGGUAGCGGCACGAUGCUAAGAACGGGCGCAGUGAGACGCGACGCAACGUAUGAAUUGUGCAGGAGAAUGUGGGAGAUGGGCGAGCCCGAGGGUCUAGCUGUUUGAGACGUCUGCCCCCAUCUUGAAAUGCUUCCAUCCCCACAACGAGACGUACUCCUGCAUGAGAUGAUCACAUGAUACGACACAUCACGGCACACACCCGAGAUAGCCAGAUAAUACGACCAGCAUGAAGGCUGACAUUUUCCUGCUAUUAAACAGCAGGCUCCACGAUGACGGAGUUCGAGAGCAAUUGGAAGAUAGAUAUGACUACGGCAUCCAAACUUGUCGCAUUCGGGCACAUUGCGUUCACUGCUCAGGCACUCGAUGCACACCCUGGUGCAAUUGCUGGGGGUUACUCAGCCAGCAGCUCAUCGACUUAUUCAUCCACACACUUGAAACGUGUGGCAACGGCGAAAAACAGUGUAGCGACGUCCACGUAUCCUCAAUGUGAUGUUAACUUCGCGGUCGACAGCGGAGCCAGAGGUUACAUUGCUCGCAAGACCCGUAGAUGAGGCUCAAGAGGGUAAAGAAAAGAGAGAAUAUCGCGCGGCGCAGCAAUUGCUUGUCGUCUUUACUGAACAGAUGACCUCCGAAUCCUGAUCUGCGCAUCUCAUUCCCACUUAUCAGGGGGCAGAAGCUAGCACAUGGUAGCACGGGCUAUCACCGUUGUGGUCUCUAGAGGGGCCAAAGCGUAACUAGAAUGGAAUUAGCCUUGAAUAAGAUGGGAUCAAAGCGGUCGGAUUGCAAAGGAUGAAUUUUUUGGCACCAGCAGCAUGAGGAUAAUGUGCGUUCUUUUAUUCCAACUUAUGUAUUUUUAUGAAGCUGUGGCCAGGUCGGAUAUUUGCUGAGCGAUUUUGGUGACGUUUCUGUCGCUCUUGGGAGCCGAACGAAGAAGCAGCUUAGAAGACGACGUGACCGAUGUGGUGAGCUGCCAUCGUGUCGUCCUCGACAUGUCUUGCGCGGGGUGGGCCUUACAGAUGUAUCGGAGCAGUGCUAGAGGGCCUGUUGGCCCAGGCCAGGAGCAAGGAGGACGUGUAUAGCGUAUCUCUCGUUGGAUGAGCCGCAGCGUGUCUAUCAGUCUGCAACGAUACAGUUAAUUGCACGGGCAUAGACGUACACGACAGAUGGUCAAUUACAGGAUACGUAUGCUUAGACAAAAAGUUUUUGUGUUGACGAGUGCGCUGUGGCUCUUGGACAAAGUGCUGCGUCACUCGACGCUCUCUACUUUCGAGUAAACAUGUCGCGAAGGAUGGCCGCGACUCGUCGGGAGGUACAGCAUCUAGGCUCUAACACCUGUUACUUGAUCA